AAAAGUUUUAAGGUAUAGAGAAAUGAUGGUGGAUAUUGAGUUCUCAAGAAUAUAAGGGAGUGAUGAUUACCUCUCUGUACCAACCACUAUUCCCCACAGCAACCACCAAACUUUAUAACCUUCAAACGCAAGAGACUAAUAUCUCUGAGUCUCGGCUCUUAUUCACAUUUCCUCUCUAAUUCGUGAAUUUUGUAACCACCAUUGCUCCUAGCCUUGGAUCUCACUGAACCAAGUCUAUGAAUGGCAAAUACUAGAUCUUGGACUCAGAUAUGGCCAUCUUUUGUCACUCUAUGUGUUCUAAAUCUUGUCUUGGAUUUCAAAAUCACAGCAUUUGCUGAUGGCAGUGGAAGUGGAGGUGUAACUUCAGAAAACACUUGCAAGAACACAAAUUAUCAAAGUUUCCUCCCUCCACCGUACCAGAAUAUAUCCCAUAUGAUAUGCACACCUGUAUGGCAUACCUAUGAAUUGAGGUACAUCCAGAAUGGUGAAACCACAACUAUCAUAUUAUCUGCUCCGUACACUAUAGGGUGGGUAGGAAUUGGAUUUUCUAGAGAUGGUAUGAUGGUUGGUUCAAGUGCAAUGGUGGGGUGGAUUAGUAAACAUGGUCAUGCAAGAAUCAAGCAAUUUUACCUAAGGGGUAGGAAGCCAUCAGAAGUCAUAGUAGACAAAGGUGAACUUCCCCUCAGUAAUGUCCCUGCGGCUGUGGCAACUAAUGGGGCUCAAAUUCAUUUGGCAUUUCAGUUGCAGAUGACAACCUCAUUUGAGAAACAACCAAUUUUGUUGGCUUUUGGCAGUAAAUAUCCACAGAACCAUCAUCUCUCCAAGCAUGAAGACAAAACAGCUAUUGUCUUUGAUUUUUCUGCAGGUUCUACGAGUCCGGUAUCCCAUGAAUCGAUUCAGAUGAGAACGAACCAUGGAAUUUUGGGUAUAAUUGGGUGGGGUCUAAUCCUGCCUGUAGGAGCAAUUAUUGCAAGAUAUUUCAGGCACAAGGAUCCCAUAUGGUUCUAUCUCCAUGCAGUCAUUCAGUUUGUGGGAUUCACAUUUGGGCUUGGUACAGUAAUUCUUGGAUUACAACUAUAUUCUAAAAUGCAUGCUCAUCUACCAGCUCACAGAGGCAUAGGCAUCUUUGCCCUGGUACUAAGUAUUCUUCAGAUAUUGGCACUCUUCUUGAGACCAAAGAAGGAUUCCAAGAUUCGAAAAAUUUGGAAUUGGUACCACAGUUGGUUUGGAAGAUUGGCUCUUAUAUUUGCAGCCAUUAACAUAUUGUUGGGGAUGCAAGCUGCGGGGGCAGGAAGUGAUUGGAAGAUAGGCUACGGAUUCCUUGUUGGUGUUAUGGUUGUUGCAGCCAUUGUUCUUGAAGUAUUGGCUUAUUUGAAGAGAUCAGAGAUGCGUUCUCUACCUCCAAACUUCCAAAUGGACCCUGUUGGAGCAGAUACAUUUCCAAGGGGGAUAUGAUUGCUGCUAAUUUUGCACUUCCACAAGAGUUGUCAAUUGUUCCAUCAAACCAGCCCAUAUUAAUUCACAUACAAUUCAAGUUUGUGUUCGGGCAUAUUAUUUGAAUUCGUUUUGGCAUGUUUCUUGAUGCCAUUUCUGGGUGUUCUUUCCUGGUGUACAUAUAGGUGGAAACGCAUAUAUAACCAGCUAGAAGUUUGCCAAGUUGGACAAUCCAUGUUUGGCCUUCUUACACAACUUAAGGAGAUUUAAGUCUUUUUUGUUUUCUUAUUCCGCAUUGGGUUUCUGUUGCUUGGUCAAGAAUGUAAAUGACGAAAUUUACAGCUACAUUUUGUAAUUCGUAGCUUUUUUUCCCCCUUUUUCUUUCUUCCUUUUUCUGGGGAUAUAUGUAUUGGAAUUUAAGAAUCAUAGUCUGUUCUUUGUUGA